AUCUAACAUUUUUUAGGUUGGGUACUGGGUAAUAUUACCCUGCUAGAAUUAAUCAUCACAAGGAUUUGCGAGGAUGGUGUUAUAUCCUUGCUUUACAAGUCAGGAAACCGAUACUUCCCUCAGAGAGUUAAGCAACAAUGUUGAUUUGGCUGUAAGUGCCAAGAACCAGCCUUUGGAUUCUCUUCUCUUUGGUCUCCAUAGUCACGACAAACUCACACUAAAUAAACAGAUGUUGCUUUGGGGGAAGUUUAAUUCAUCUAGUGUGGUGCAAUUGUACAAAAGUUCCCCCUUUUUAGGACCGAUGAAGGGCAGCAGAAGAGUAAGGAACUUCUCACACUCCCUACUUUACUACCAUGCAAUAUUGUUGUACAAGUUAUAUUCGAGUCUGUAUUAAGUCUUACCAAGUGUUACAUAUACAUGUGAUGAACCUGAAGCAUUGAGAAUCAAAUGAGCCAUGUCUCCUGAGAUGAGCUCACUGUCUGCUGAGUGGUGAUGGGGUAACAGUCAACACAGUGAAAUAAGUGAAUCCCAAGGUGGACAUCAGAAAAUGCAUCACUCUGAGGAUGAGGCAUCUGGUUGUGUGUGUGCAGCAGUGAUGCAGACAAAGUGGAAAAGAACGCCUACCACUCAGAGAACUUCUACCUGUCACCGUGGAGGAUGUCUGCCCGGUCAAAGCAAAAACAAAAACAGAUCUCUACCCCUUCUCAGGACCAAUGCAAAAUUGACUUUCUCAAUGGAUAUGAUGACGUAUCUCACCCCUGCUCUUCGGCUGCGCAGAUACAGGAUGACCAGUUUUCUACGUUCUCAGAAAAUGGAGGAUAUUGUGAAGUGUUGAUAUCAGAGCCACCACCGCACAUCACUGCUCUUGGAACCGAGUCCUGUGAGGAAGAGAUUUCUUGUUCUCCAUUCAGAAGCGAAUCUGAAGACCAGGAAUCUUCACAGAGUCAAGAAUCAGAAGAUACUUGCUGGGAGGAGAAGACAGUAGUGCCCCACUUGGUUGCUAAACUCUGUUCUGGGACUGAACCGGUUUGUAAAAGUAAUCAGUUUCUGGGACCUGAAGGAAAUGUGGAUAUUGAGUUAAUUGAUAAGAGUGCAAACAGAUACAGUGUCCACUUCCCCGUGGCCGGCUUCUAUCUGUGGCCAGCAACAGGCCUUGGCUUCCUGGUAACAGCAGCAGUGACCGUGACGAUUACGUUCGAUUCUUGGGGUCGGCACCUGGACCUGAAGUUACAGCAUCACGAGAAGUGGAUGGUGGCCGGCCCUUUAUUUGACAUCUCUGUGGAGCCUGAGGGGGUCAUCACUGAAAUCCACCUCCCCCACGUCAUCUCCCUCCCAGCAAAUGAGGUCGAUAUCUCUUGGUUCCAAGUUGCUCAUUUUAAGGAUGAAGGGAUGGUCCUGGAGCCACCAGCCCGAGUGGAGCCUUUCUAUGCCAUCCUGGAAAACCCUAGCUUCUCUCUGAUGGGGAUCCUGUUGAGACUUGCCAGAGAGACCUGUCUUUCGGUCCCCAUCACAUCCACGGCACUAAUCUAUUAUCACUUCCACCCCGAAGAUGUGAAAUUUCACUUGUAUCUUAUCCCCAGCGACUCCUUGCUAACGAAGGCAAUAGAUGAGGAGGAAGCUAAAUUUCAAGGUGUGCGUCUGCAGACCUCGCCCCCAGUGGACCCACUGAAUUUUGGUUCCCGUUAUAUUGUGUCUUGUUUGCCUCCCCUGGAAAUAAUACCCAAGGAGUUGAAAUUAUCCUACAGGAACCCUGGAGAAAUCCAGGUCUUCUCUAAAGUCUAUGCUGGGAGGAUGAAGGAACCAAUCAUGCUUGAAAUUACUGACAAAAGAUACAAGACUUUGAUCUGGUACACUUUGGUGAAGCCAGAGGAGCUCCAGUUUGCUGCUACAUCGGCCCCUCCUCCCCUCCCAGCUGUGGCCUUUAUGAAGGAGCACCAUCGUCAUCUUCAAGCCAGGCUGGGGAACCUGAAUGGAGUCCUGGAUGAUCUUCAGGACCGUGGGGUCUUCACCGAGGAAGAGAAGGAGAUGGUGCAGCAGAUGCCAACACAGCAGAGAAGGAACGAGGCCCUGCUGAGGAUGGUGCAGAAUAAAGGGCACCAGGCCCAGAAGGUGCUCUUCAAAAGCAUUAGUAGAAGAGACCCUUAUCUGAUGUCCUACCUCAACCAGCAGAGCUUACAACAGUGAUUCAGACCGAUACUCAGGAAGAGAGAAUCCAGUGUUCUCCGCUGCAAAUGGAUAAACGGACGGGUGAUCAUUGAGUUCAGGGUCCAAGGCACGAGGUCCAGGUGACACCAACACGUCACACAGGCUUUCCUGAGGACUGAUGUGUAAUUUCGCGGAGACCUAUUAGUGUAUCCUAAUAUCUUAAUGUCAAGAAUAUCUGAAGAGAGGACUACUGCCUCGAAGUGCUUUUUAAAAACAAAUCCUGGGGCGCCUGGGUGGCUCAGUCGGUUGAGCAUCCGACUUUGGCUCUGGUCAUGAUCUCACGGUUCGUGAGUUCGAGCCCCGCGUCGGGCUCUGUGCUGACAGCGCGGAGCCUGGAGCCUGCUUCCGAUUCUGUGCCUCCCUCUCUCUACCCCUUCCCUGCUCAUGCUCUGUCUCUGUCUCUCAAAAAGGUGAAUAAACAUUGAAAAAAUUAAAAAAAAAUCCUGUUUCAUCCAUUGGCACAUUUCUUGGACAUCUGGGCAGAGGCAGAUAAACGCAAGUGUGUUCGUGAUUGACAAGGCCCAGGGAGACCAGUUCUCCUGAGCAAUGCGAGAAGCAAUUCCGGUGAACAUUACCUCUGGGAUGUUACCGUCUCACAACAAAAGGCAGGAAGGCUUACAAAAACUCUCUGUUGGCGGUGGGUGGGGGGGGCUGGGUGGCUCAGUCAGGUGAGCGCCCGACUCUUGACUUUGGCUCAAGUCAUGAUCUCACGGUUGGUGGGUUCGAGCCCUACUUCAGUCUCUGCGCUGACAGUGUGGGGCCUCCUUGGGAUUCUCUCUCUCCCUCUCUGCCCCUCCCCUUCUCUCUCACUCUCUCAAAAUAAAUAAAUAAACAUUUUUUUAAAAACCUCUCUGUUGAGGACAUUCAUGGCAUUCUUAAG